GGUCAUUUCCGGUCAGGAAGUUAUCGGUUCAAAACAGUUGUUAGCUCGUCGUAGAAAUAUUUAGCAACUUUCAAUGAGUGUCACGUUAAUGAAGUCAUAGAAGUUUUCCGCUACCUGUUAUUACCUAACCUCUUUAACCAUGGAGACCCCAGAGCCCGGGCCGGCGGAUGGAGAGGAGCGUCUGGUGGAGCUGCGACCUCGGACACGCUCCAACCCUGAAGGGGCUGAGGACCGCCGCAGCAGCACCGGCAGCCUGGGCGGCAACAACAACAACAACCCGAACAUUUCCCAGCCUGCGGUGGGUAGUCGGGUGGAGGGGGAGGGCGAGGCGUCGACCAGCGACAGUCCUCCCAGUUCGACCACCACCACCGUCUCAACAGCCGUCGCCCAGACCGUGGUUCCUCCUGCGGCUGCAGUGGCGGCUGCAGCCGGAGCCGCGGCGCCCCUGUCCACGGCAGCUGUUGCAGCCAAAGAGAGGCCGAAGCCCCCCCAGCAGCAGCCCGCACUGACAGCCUCUGUCCCUCCACCAGCAGAGUACCAGCUCCGUGUCCCCCGUGUCAACUGCCCAGAGAAAGUGAUCAUCUGCUUAGACCUUUCUGAAGAGAUGUCAUUGCCGAAGCUUGAAUCUUUUAAUGGGUCUAAAACAAAUGCCCUGAACAUCUGUCAGAAGAUGAUCGAGAUGUUUGUCAGAACUAAACACAAGAUCGACAAAAGGCACGAGUUUGCCCUGGUUGUGGUCAAUGAUGACGCCCUAUGGUUGUCAGGCUUCACGUCUGACCCCAGGGAGCUGUGCAGCUGUCUCUACGAUCUGGAGACUAACAUGUGCGAGACCUUCAACCUGGAAGAUCUUCUCAAUGUGAUCCGCCAGAAGAUCGAGCUUCCGUUGAUGGAGAAUGUUCAGACCAUCCCGCCGCCGUACGUGGUGCGGACCGUGCUCAUCUACAGCCGACAAGCAGGACAGCUUCAGUUCAACCCUUCUGAGGCUGUGAGUAAAAUGCUGCAGUCUCCAUAUUUUUUCUUUGAUGUGGUUUAUCUGCACAACGGGGUGGAGGAGCAGGGCGAGGAGACCAGCUGGAGGGACAACUACACCUCUUUCUGCAACCUGGACUCGAAGGGCGUGUGCUAUCACUUUGAGGUUUCCCUGAGCGGAGCGGCCAUCGAGCUGCACAACUGCAUGGCCAAGCUUCUGGCUCACCCCUUACAGAGACCCUUCCAGAGUCAUGCGUCCUACAGUCUGCUCGAGGGGGACGAUCCCCAGGACAUUGAGGCAACAGUCUGAAAAACGGGACGCACUCACAAAGCACUGCUUCGCUGUGAAAUGUACACACUGUAGUUCAACAGAAAAGGGCCUGGGGGGGGGGGGAGUUUCUAAGUACAAGUCAUUACUGAGGGUUGUUUCCCAUUUCCUGUGACAAAGCAACAAUUCUAAAGAAGGUGGCUAUCAACCAGAGUUCUCUGGAGGUGAAUGAUGAAGUGAUAAAGAGGAUGUCAGAGACUCCAGGAGAUGGAGACAAGUAAAAAGAUAAGAUUAGGAAAGAAUAAAUAAGGAAAGUACAAGCUUAAAACUUUCUCAAACAUACAUCCUUACUGUUUGUUUUUCUAGUUAUGAUAAACUGAAUCAUGGAGGCUUCAACUUCUGUAAUAUUUCCUUCCCCUUGUUAGUUUGGAAGUUUUCCAACUUUGUUGCCUUUUUUAAAAUCUAUUUUUACUUUAUUUUAUAAGGGGUUGUUUUUAAUCACGUGUCACUCCUGUAUGUCACACAGACAGUGAAAGUAUGUACAGUAAUAUAAAUGUGGCCUCGUUUGAUUUAGAUCAUUUUUUCCUUGAAGUGGGCAGAUGGUGAAAAGGCCCCUGGCACAGUCCGUCUAGAUGCACUUGAAACACAUUUGUAUAGAUGAGCUUUUCCUGGAUAUUAAACAAAAAGUCGUGUUGAAUCAUA